AUGGCGGCCGGGGUACUUUACACUUAUCCGCAAAACUUCCGUGCUUAUAAGGCGUUGAUCGCCGCACAGUUCUCCGGGGUCGAUCUUAAAGUUGCGCCUGGCUUUACGUUUGGUGAGACCAACAAAUCCGAAGAGUUCUUAAAAAAAUUCCCGGCUGGCAAGGUGCCGGCUUUUGAAAGUGCUGAUGGAAAAGUGUUACUCACAGAAAGUAAUGCUAUCGCCUAUUACGUGGCAAAUGCUGCUCUCCGUGGUGAAGAUGUUGAAACACAGGCGCGAAUUUGGCAGUGGGCUUCAUGGGCUGACAGUGAACUCCUGCCAGCUUCCUGUGCCUGGGUCUUCCCCUACUUGGGUAUUAUGCAGUUCAACAAACAGAAUGUGGAUCGCGCGAAGAGUGAUCUUCUAGCCGCUCUUCGGCUGCUAGACGAGCAUCUACUCACGCGCACUUUCCUCGUCACCGAGCGUGUCACUCUUGCCGAUAUCGUCGUCUUCUCCACACUGCUGCAUUCCUUCCAGCAUGUGCUGGAACCCAGCUUGCGGUCUUCGCUGGUGAACGUCACGCGUUGGUUCAACACCUUGUCCCAGCAGCCGCAAGUAGCCCCUGUUGUGGGUCCCCUGACACUCUGUUCCGCAGCUCCUGUUUAUGACCCCAAGAAGUACCAAGAGCUUCAGGGCAAGAAGGACAGUGGCAAGAAGGACAAGAAAGCUGAAAAGAAGGAGCAGCAGCCUAAGAAGAAAGAAGAAGCUCCCCCCGCCGAGCCUGCCGAUGAUCUUGAGGAGAAGCCAAAAGAGUCAAAGGACCCCUUUGACUCUCUUCCCAAAGGUACAUUCAACAUGGAUGAUUUCAAACGCUGUUAUUCAAAUGAGGAUGAGUCAAAGUCCAUCCCCUACUUCUGGGAGAAGUUCGACCCUGAAAACUACUCCAUCUGGUAUGCUGAGUACAAGUACCCCGAGGAAUUGGCUAAAGUGUUCAUGAGCUGUAAUCUCAUCACUGGCAUGUUCCAGCGGUUGGAUAAGAUGCGCAAGCAAGCGUUCGCAUCAGUGUGCCUGUUUGGCACCGACAAUGACUCCACCAUCUCUGGUGUGUGGGUAUGGCGGGGCCAGGAGCUCGCCUUCCCCCUAUCGCCCGAUUGGCAGAUCGACUACGAGUCGUACGACUGGAAGAAGCUGGACCCCAAGAGUGAGGAGACGAAGAAGCUCGUCCAGGACUACUUCUCGUGGAGUGGCACCGACAAGCAAGGCCGCAAGUUCAACCAGGGCAAGAUCUUCAAG